UCCAGUUCUUCCUGCAUGAUUUUGAAAACAGUUUCUUCCCGUCACCACAGAACACGUGACUUACUUGAGUGUUUUACUGGUAUCAAAAAUCACCUCCAUUGUUAAAGAUUGAUGUCUGGGCUUGUGUGAAGAGGGACCAACUGCAGUAUCAGCUUGAUCUGUCUGAGGACGUGUUGCAGAGGGAUCCAGGACUCAGCUGAUGCUUUGCUACAUCUUUACUGCAAUACCAGCCAGAGAGGCUGAGAGAUCAGCAUUGGUGUAUGGAAAAGGGAAAUCUGUCCAGAAGGAAUAAAGGAUCUGAUGUGCUUUCAAUUGGAGGGUCAUUAUGCUGCUGCACCUGUGUAGUGUUAAGAACUUGUACCAGAACAGGUUUCUAGGCCUGGCAGCCAUGGCUUCUCCUUCCAGGAGCUCUCAGAAUAGGCGGCGAUGUAAAGAGCCCAUGCGCUACAGCUACAAUCCGGAGCAGUUUCACAAUGUCGACAUUCGCAACGGUGCCCAUGAAGCCAUCACCCUCCCAAGGUCCAACAGCGACACAGACCUGGUUACCUCCGACAGCCGCUCCACUCUCAUGGUUAGCAGCUCAUUCUAUGCCAUUGGUCAGUCACAUGACCUCGUCAUCUGCUGGGAUAUCAAGGAAGAAGUGGAUGCCGGAGACUGGAUUGGAAUGUACCUUAUAGAUGAGGUUCUUUCUGAAAACUUCCUGGACUAUAAAAACCGAGGAGUCAACGGCUCUCACAGGGGCCAGAUCGUGUGGAAGAUCGAUGCCAGUUCUUACUUUGUGGAACCUGAAACGAAAAUCUGCUUUAAGUAUUAUCAUGGAGUGAGUGGAGCUCUGCGUGCUACAACUCCCAGCGUCACAGUGAAGAAUCCCUCGGCUCCCGUGUUCAAGCCCAUCGCCAGUGAAGAAGCCUCACAGAGCCAAGGGAGUCGGAGACUGAUCAGCUUCUCCCUGUCAGAUUUCCAAGCUGUGGGGCUGAAGAAAGGCAUGUUCUUCAACCCUGACCCUUACCUGAAGAUUGCCAUCCAGCCUGGGAAGCACAGCAUCUUCCCAGCUCUGCCCCACCAUGGCCAGGAGAAGAGGUCCAGCAUCAUGUGCAAUACCAUCAACCCGGUCUGGCAGAGAGAGCAAUUCAACUUUGUUUCACUGCCCACGGACGUGCUGGAGAUAGAGGUGAAGGAUAAGUUUGCUAAGAGCAGACCAAUCAUCAAGCGCUUCCUGGGAAAACUGUCCAUGCCAGUACAGAGGCUCCUGGAAAGACAUGCAAUAGGUGACAGGGUUGUGAGCUACACACUGGGCAGGAGGUUGCCGACAGACCAUGUAAGUGGACAGCUGCAGUUCAGAUUUGAGAUAACAUCGUCCAUUCAUCAAGAUGAUGAAGAAGUCUCCAUUAGCACUGAGCCAGAGUCUGCGGUUGCCCAGGAAGAUCAAGCAGAGGACUUGGUUACAGAUUCUUGCUGUGAACCUCAGACUGACGAUAACUUGAACAUGGAGCCCAACGACCCAGAGCAGAUAAACCAGAGUGACAGAGCCUCUCUUGGCGCUGGCUCCUGUAGUCCUGUAGCUGGGACAUCGAUGACUGAGAUCAGCCAGCUGGCUGUAAGUGAAUCCCAGCCGGAAGGAGAGACUCAGAGCCCUGCUGAGGAGAUGACUAUGCCAGAAGACAAGGAACCAAAUGGAAUGCAGUUGCCAGCAAGCCCACAGCCAGAGACAGAAACCCCACCACCAUGUGCUGGUGCCCAGGUGGAAGAUGCAAGAAAUGAAGCCAGUACACAGGGAGAGGAGGCAGAGAAGGCUCCUUCAGACACUCCGGCUGAAGCAGUGGAGACAGGUGGUGAGGCAGCUGCAGAGGAUAAGUCCAUUCUGGAGCCAGGCAGAGACGCAGAGGAUCAGCAACAACAGCAGCAACAGGAGGAGGAGGAAGAGGCUGAGGGGUGUUCCCUGAGGAUGAGAACAGCCACAAAACGCAAAAACAGGCCCUGUUCGCUUCCAGUCUCUGAGCUGGAGACAGUCAUCGCAUCAGCCUGCGGGGAACCUGAAACUCCCCGCACCCACUACAUUCGCAUCCAUCACUUGCUUCACAGCCUGCCCUCAGCCCAGAUGAGUGAUGAAGCUGAAGAGGACGCCAGCACCCUGGACUCGGAGGAACUGACGUUGAAACCUGUGGAAGACAAGGAUGCAACAGAGGACAGCUCCUCUGAGACACAGUCCCACAGCAUUACCAUGGACACAGACAGCUGUGGCAGGAGGACUUUGCCCCGCAGCCUCUCAAUCGAGCGUCUCUCAGACUUGAACCAGCUGCUGGAGAGUGAGCAGCCCCAUCUGGAGAGCGAAAGCGAGUCCAGCCAGAGGCUGCCGGGGGAGAACGACUGUGACUUGUGUGACACCUCCUGCUACAGCACCUCCUGCUACAGCACCUCUUGCUACAGCACCUCCUGUUACAGCAACUCGGGCUACGAGGGGGGCAACCGCUUCUCUAGUCACACCCGCUUCUCCUCUUUGGACAGUCCCCGCAUCUCCGAGAGCACCGUCUUCUCCUCGCAAGAAGAAGAGGAGGAGGAGAACAGCGCCUUUGAAUCGGUGCCUGAUUCCGUCCAGAGCCCCGAGACCAAUGAGAGAGAGCCUGGAGACGGCACUGCCCAGUGGGAGGAGGAGCCAGCAGCGCAGGAGGAAAGCCCCCAGAGCAACACGGAGAGCGGGGAGUCCCCUGUGCCAGGUCCCAGCAGCAGAGGCCAAGGCAAUUGCCCCUUGCCAUGCAGUCAUCCUCCAGUCAGCCAGCUUCCUGCUUUGCGACCUGAUCCCCACCAUUACCCAACUAUCGAUGAACCGUUGCCACCAAACUGGGAGGCCAGGAUUGACAGUCAUGGAAGAGUUUUCUACGUGGACCAUAUCAACAGGACCACCACCUGGCAGCGGCCAACCACAGCAGCCACUCCAGAUGGGAUCCAACGUUCAGGCUCUGUGCAGCAGAUGGAGCAACUGAACAGGAGGUACCAGAACAUCCAGAGGACCAUUGCAACAGAGAGGAUGGAGGAGGAGACCAGCAGCCGGAGGAGUGAACGAGCAGGAAGCUCAGAGACUGACAAUGACUCUCCACCACAAGCCACAGAACUGAGAAGAGAAGGUCCCUCAUCUCCAAUCAACAGUCAGAAGAUCACAUUGUUACUGCAGUCCCCUGCUGUCAAAUUCAUCACUCAUCCUGAGUUCUUCACAGUUCUCCAUGCAAAUUAUGGUGCUUACCGAAUGUUUACAAAUAGUACUUGUUUAAAGCACAUGAUCCUGAAGAUUCGCAGAGAUGCCCGGAACUUCGAGCGAUAUCAGCAUAACAGGGACCUGGUUACAUUCCUCAAUAAGUUUGCUGACACUCAGCUGGAGUUGCCCCGGGGCUGGGAGAUCAAAACUGACCAACAAGGAAAGUCAUUUUUUGUAGACCACAACAGUCGAGCAACCACAUUCAUUGAUCCCAGGAUUCCUCUCCAGAACGGGCGGCUGCCGAACCAUCUAACGCACCGCCAGCAUCUCCAGAGGCUCCGCAGCUACAGCGCUGGGGAGGCUUCAGAAGUGUCACGGAGUCGAGGAGCAUCUUUGUUAACACGUCCUGGCAACAGCCUUGUUGCAGCCAUAAGAAGCCAGUAUCACCAGGAUGCAGUACCACUAGCCUAUAAUGACAAGAUAGUUGCUUUCCUUCGCCAACCCAACAUUGUUGAGAUGCUUCAAGAGAGGCAGCCAAGCCUUGCCAGAAAUCAUGCCCUGAGGGAGAAAAUUCAUUACAUUAGGACUGAAGGCACCCAUGGUGUAGAGAAACUGUCUUGUGAUGCAGACCUUGUUAUACUAUUGAGCCUGUUUGAAGAGGAGAUCAUGUCCUACGUGCCGCCACAUUCCUCAUUCCAUCCUGGAUACAGCUUCUCUCCCCGCCACUCUCCCGGCUCCUCACCACAGAACUCCCCAGGUCUGCAGAGGGCUAGUGCCAGAGCUCCUGCACCGUACCGGAGAGAUUUCGAGGCCAAGCUCCGCAACUUCUACAGGAAGCUGGAGGCCAAGGGCUACGGCCAGGGGCCAGGAAAAAUCAAGUUGAUUAUCCGGCGAGACCACCUGCUGGAAGGCACCUUUAAUCAGGUGAUGGCCUACUCACGAAAGGAGCUCCAGAGGAACAAGCUCUAUGUCACCUUCGUAGGAGAGGAGGGCUUGGACUAUAGUGGACCCUCCAGGGAGUUCUUUUUCCUGCUAUCCCAGGAGCUCUUCAACCCGUAUUAUGGCCUGUUUGAGUAUUCUGCUAAUGACACAUACACAGUGCAGAUCAGCCCCAUGUCAGCAUUUGUGGAAAAUCAUCUGGAAUGGUUCAGGUUCAGUGGGCGUAUCCUUGGGCUGGCGCUGAUCCAUCAGUACCUGCUGGACGCGUUCUUCACCAGGCCUUUCUACAAAGCUCUUCUGAGGCUACCAUGUGACCUGAGUGACCUGGAGUACCUGGAUGAGGAGUUCCACCAAAGUCUACAGUGGAUGAAAGACAACGAUAUCACUGACAUACUGGACCUAACCUUCACUGUAAAUGAGGAGGUCUUUGGUCAGGUAACAGAAAGGGAGCUCAGGUCAGGUGGCGCCAACAUGCAGGUGACGGAGAAGAACAAGAAGGAGUACAUUGAGCGAAUGGUGAAGUGGAGAGUGGAGCGCGGGGUGGUGCAGCAGACAGAAGCAUUGGUGCGGGGCUUUUAUGAGGUGGUGGACUCCAGGCUGGUUUCAGUGUUUGACGCCAGGGAGUUGGAGCUGGUGAUUGCUGGAACUGCAGAGAUCGACCUGAAUGACUGGAGGAACAACACAGAGUACAGAGGAGGAUACCACGAUGGGCACAUCGUGAUCCGGUGGUUUUGGGCUGCUGUGGAGCGCUUCAACAAUGAACAGAGGCUUCGUCUGCUGCAGUUUGUGACGGGCACUUCCAGUGUUCCGUACGAGGGCUUCGCCGCCUUGAGGGGAAGCAAUGGCCUCAGGAGAUUCUGUAUCGAGAAAUGGGGCAAAGUCACUUCUCUUCCCAGGGCUCACACAUGUUUCAACCGCCUUGAUCUCCCUCCCUACCCCUCUUAUACAAUGCUGUAUGAGAAGAUGUUAAUAGCCGUGGAGGAAACCAGCACUUUUGGGCUGGAGUGAAGACCAGAGACUUCUGACCUCUGUUAAAUGGCUGGGAAAAAUCCCCUUUUUUUCAUAUAAUUUUCUGCAGACAAUUUCUUUUUUUUACUUCUAAUAUGUAUGUCAGGACUAAAAAGAACUUUUCUGCAUGUGUGUUACUCACCUGAUGUAAUGGACCUUUUCUGAGCUCUUGCACAAAGAGAGAUGUAUGCAAUACAAAAUACCUGGCUCCAGCCUACUCAGCGCCUUGAUGUUGCUCACGUGUCCGCCAACCCCAUCAGUUCCGCUGAGAUGUUGCUUUAUGUCACUGUGCACUUCAUCCACCCCACAUCUCGCUGCAUCACUGGGGCAGCAGGAGAAGCAUCAGCCUGUGAUGGCAGGUCGGCAUCCACUGUAGGUGAGGUCAUCACCCUCAGUUACCGUGCACCAGUGCACACGCAUUCCUGGAGACUGCUGAGGAAGAAUGUUUAGUGACUACAAGCCAAACAAUGUUCUUUUUUUAUGGAAUUUCUUUGUACGGAGAAUCGUGUCUUUUUGCAAAAAAAUCCCUCUUUUUUAAUUUUAAGAAUGACUUUACAUGAGGGCACCAUUUGGGUUACAUAGGGGAAGUGAAGCAUUAGACGUUCAGAACCCUGCUAAUCAGGCUUCAUGUCCCCUUCACCUCGUGACAGAGCAGUGUGGGUUGGCCUUCUUCCCAGAACACCUGAAAUGAUCUCAGAUAUCCUGGUGCUUACUACAAUAUACAGUAUACCAUUGGUCGGAAACUGCAAAGCUUGAUGGGGAUGUGUUUACUUGAAAUACGCAGCAUGAAAUGAAAGGAGAUGAAAGAUGACAAAUAAGGUCUGUGUUUUCAUUCCUUACAUGUUUAGAAGUAUUUUGAGUUUGUGUUUGUUUCUGGUAAAAAAAAAUAGAACUAUAAAAUCUCCUGUUAAAUUUCUGAAGUAACUGUUCACUGACAGAAAUUAAGUUGAGCAUCUGUCACCACCUUAAUGUGAGAACUGUCUUUAUAGUACAUUAACAUGGCUUCAUUGCAACUGGAGACAACCAUUUUUACAGAGGAGUCACAGCUUUGAACUGUUUUCUUUUUUUAUUUUACCUUAUAACAUCUUAAAUUAUUAAAAGAUUUAUUUUAUUUUUCAGAAAGGAAAAUUGGGGUUAUGGAGGGUUUGUGUGAAGCUGCUUAAAUUUCUCACAACCCCUAAAUCAAAAAAGGGAAGUAAAUGAAAUAAAACUAUGUAUACUGUAUAUAUUUAUGUCUCUGUAGCAAACAGACCAGCUAAAAUUUUUCAGAGAAAGUUUGAACAAAUGUGCAGCAGGUAAAUCCGCAAUACAGAUAAGUAUCUAUUUUGUGGUCUGAGCAUUGCACACAGUGGACACAAGUCCACAUAAAAAAGCUCCACUAUUACUGAAUACUAUUUAUGGUGAAAAACCACCUUUUGAUUCUUAUAUGGUACAGGAAAAAAAAACAAUUAUAUGUGUCAAGGCCUGUGGAGUUCAUUUGGAGUUUGAGGACCCUGUGAGAGCUACAAUAAUGAUUUGUGUAAAUGGGAUGGAUCAGAUUCCCCAGCGUGAUAUGACUCUGCUGACUACAGAUAGUCACCCCUGCCAUCUUACAGUUACAGUUACAAGUACCUAUAUUACAUUGUUGCAGUUGUACCAACUGAUAUGGGCUGCAUUUUAUUUUGCCUCCAUAAUUUUGUUCCCCUCAGGGAAAUUGCCCAUUUUGGGGUUUGCCACAGUGAAACAUGGGGCACCUUUAUUUUUUUUAAAUUAUUUAUUUUCUACCUUUCUGUAGAAAAUAUCGAUAUAUCUUCUACACUUUGUAAAUUGGUACCAGAUCAUGACUGCAGCCAUCCAGUCUUCAGGCCCAGGUUGUAAAAGGAUUGCAUUCAAGAUACUGUAAGUUGGAUUCAUUCAUUUGAUUUGUAAAUUAUGUUACUUAUGGGACUAUGAAGAAGAAAACAUUAACAGCCUCUUUGAGAGAAAAAUCAAUGUUUAAUAUAUGUUACUGUUUCAUCUAUGGAUUAUUUAGUAUUUUAUAACAAUAUUAAAUAAACUAGCCAAAUAAUGCCCUUUGGGACUUAAUAAUUUCUCAUUGUUUUUUAUUAAUACUUUUCAUUUAGUAUUGAAAAGCCAUUUCAAUACAGUUUUCACACUCCUGUAUUUUAACAGUUCUGCAAGGGGUUGAAAAAUGAGGUCUUGCAGCCUCCUGAUACAGUAAAAUAAAUGUUAAGAGAAAUAUCAAACUUGGAGAUUCUAAAUUUGAAAAGUUGAUCUUUAGGAAACAUUCUAGUAAAGAUGUUUCUUUCAGUACUGAUUUGAUAAUAAUAAUGAAAUGUUACAGUAUGUGAGUCCCCAGGGUGUUACCCAUUGCCUCACCUUGGCUGCUUGAAUACAUACAGCAGAUGCACUAUACUGUAUAAGUUAUGGCAUGAGAUGAACACUUGCCACAUCACAGAUGUGUACAGUAUAUAGUGGCCCAAGUGGAAAUUGUGGUAUUAGAACAUACAUUUUAUGUGCCUCAGUAAAACCUUUUAAUAUUGUAUGUCACUGCUUGAGAUUAAGAAUGACUUAAGUAUUAAGAUGAAGACAUCAGCCAAACUAAAACUGGAGAUAAUAAAUCUCACAAAAGUGCACUCCAAGAAUUAAAAUGUGUGAGAAGUACUGACUGGCUCAUGAAGCAUGAUGGAUUAGAUCAUUUUCUUGUUUACCUAGCCAUCCCCUGGUUACAGUAAUCAGUCCUAUUGUCUAAAUAAUAAUAAUAAUAAUAAUAAUAAUAAUAAUAAUAAUAAUAAUAAUAAUGGUAAUAAUUUCUUUAAAAGUCAUAACCAAUAUCUUAAAUGGCCAAUGUAGAUUGAUCUGUAGAAGUAUUUUCAUGCAAAAAUGAAAAACAGAGAAAAGAAGAAUUGUUAAAGGUUUUGUCUGUGCCUCUACCAACUGUUGCUCAUAGCUCUGCCAUCUUCAGGAAAGAUUGUCAGGAUGUGAACUGCUCUGCAUUGGAACUCAUUCAUCACUUAUAGAUCCCAUAAACUUUCAGAAUGCUGAUUUUGAAAGCAUUGUCUCCAUAUCAUUCAGCUGCUUUCACCAAGCCUGCUCAUGUCUGUAUUUUAUUUUGUAUUUACUAUUUUAUUAAUAAUUGUUCUCCCUAGAAGCCCCUUGUCAUGGAUGUGCUCAUCAAAUGGCUGAUUUGCUUUGGUUUUAUAACAGGUCACUUAAUUCUCAGGCUGUGCUUUCAAUUUAAUCAUAUCUCUGUAGAUGAAUGUCAAUAAACAAUCACUUUGUAAUGCA